AUUGAUCCCCCUCAUUUUCCACCACCUCGAGCGCCCCCCCCACCAGAUUAGGUGAGGCUGUUACAGAUCGGUCGUAGGUCACCAACUUCCAUGUUUUCUUUUUCUUUUCCCUCUUCUCCCUUGUCUCCCUUGCCAGAGACUGUUCGUUGUAUUCCAUAGUUCUUUCAUAGCCACCACAGGCUGACGAAGCUCAAACAGUCUUAUACUUCCCAAUAUCUUUUCAUUCUUAUAGUUUCCCAUCCUUGACAGGUUCCUUCGGCAAAGGACGCCGGAUCCUCAAGGUUGACCACCUCAAAGCAAGACACCUCGAACCAUGGCUUCCAAUCGAGCUAGACGCAUCGCGAAGGAGAUCGCCGACAUCCAUGCCGAUACCCAGUCGCAGAUCACAGCCGAGCCACUGGGCAGUGAGGAGGACAUCACACACCUUCGAGGCUCGUUCCCAGGGCCUCCAGGCACCCCUUAUGAAGGCGGUAAUUAUACAGUUGACAUCAAAAUCCCGAACGAAUAUCCAUUCCGGCCUCCUGUAAUGAAGUUUGUUACGAAGGUCUGGCAUCCUAACAUCAGCAGCCAGACGGGCGCUAUCUGCCUAGAUACUCUCUCCUCGGCGUGGUCGCCAGUCCUGACGAUCAAGUCCGCUCUUCUGUCACUGCAAUCUCUGCUCAGCACCCCAGAACCCAAGGACCCUCAAGAUGCAGAGGUUGCCGGCAUGCUUAUUCGGAGACCGCAGGAAUUCGCACGUGUUGCUCAGGAGUGGGCUGUUGUAUACGCGGGGGCCCCUAGAAAAUACGCUGGUGAAGGCAGUGGCGGGGUGACGGAUGAAGCCCUUCGGCUCCAGGAGCUCAAAUCGAGGGAGGAGCAGGAGCAGGAAGAUCUGUCCAAGUACGACGGUUACAACAAAGACUUGAUCGACCGAUUUUGUAGUAUGGGCUUUGACAUCGACCGUGUGGUAUCGGCCUUUGUUUUCUUUGGCAUUGAUCGGAUGGAUGGGGAAGACUAUGAGCUGGAGGAGGCGUACAUGGGGGACAUUACUGCGCGGCUCCUGGGCGAACCGUAGACGACGUGGUGGACGACCAGGGGUUGGGAUGGUUCUAGAUUUUGCAAUAGCGACGGUGCCGGGCGACUUAGUCGGGUUUGUUCUCUACAUUGUGGAUGACUUUUUGUUCCUGCGAACCAAGACCUGAUUUUUUCGAGGUUCUCAAAGUUCUCACGUUGUGAUGACCAUUGUCUAAUACAUACUUUCGCUUCUUCGCAUUUUUUUUGAUACAGCUUAUCUAGGAUGACAAUUCAAUUUGCGCGGUCUC